GUGUGUUUGAUACAGUCCUCAAAGUGGCACAUGGAAACCACGGCUUAAUUUCUGCAUGACACACACACACACACACAUAGGACUACCGACUCUGUCGAGUGCACGCUUUGGAGAAACCGAUCCACGCUGUCUAUCCCGUUGGCGCGACCGACCGCUUCCCUUCCUGCCGGCGGCGGCGCCAGCAGCUCGGCUGAGGCGAGGCGAGGGGGGACGAUCGGUGGACGCGCGGGCAAGACGGGGGUGCCGAGAGACGCGAAACAGUCACCCGGACAGAGGCGAGGCACAUCGGGACCUGGGUGGAAAUGGAAGCUCCGCCGGGCACGGGCUGUCGUGAGCGCGCCGUGGCCAAGCGGGAAUAGCCGAGCCGUGGAACGAGGGCUGGGAUGGCUGCUUCCAGCAACUCAAGCCUCUCGGGUUCAUCACUGUCCUCAGACCCUGAGGAUUACCAGCCGCCCAUAUGGAAGUCCUACUUGUACCAACUACAGCAAGAAGCCCCGAGACCAAAGAGGAUCACGUGUCCCCAGGAGAUGGAAAACAGACCCAAAUACUACGGCAGAGAAUUUCACGGCAUGAUCUCUCGGCAAUAUGCCGAUGAGCUUCUGGCGGGAGCAGAGGGUGCUUACCUCAUCAGGGAAAGCCAAAGACAGCCAGGGACUCACACCUUGGCCUUAAGCUUUGGCCACCAGACCCUCAACUACAGAUUGUUUUACGAUGGGAAGCACUUUGUCGGAGAGAAGAGGUUCGAGUCGGUCCACGACCUCGUGACAGACGCCCUCAUCACUCUCUACAUUGAGACCAAGGCGGCGGAGUACAUUGCCAAAAUGACCACUAACCCCAUCUACGAGCACCUUGGCUACACCUCGUUGCUCAAGGACAAGAUGGUGCACAGGCUGAGCCGUGGACGCACAGAACCACGCAGGGUCACCUUCCAGAGAGACGAGAAGAUAUCAUCACCUCUAGUGCGACGGAGUGCCUUGAAAGAUACGCCGGAGAAGCAGUGCUCAUACGAGAAGAUACACAAUUUUAAGGUACACACCUUUCGAGGGCCACACUGGUGCGAGUACUGUGCCAACUUCAUGUGGGGCCUCAUUGCCCAGGGCGUCCGCUGCUCGGAUUGUGGGCUGAAUGUACACAAACAGUGCUCCAAACUGGUUCCCAGCGACUGCCAGCCGGACCUGCGCAGGAUAAAGAAAGUGUUCAGCUGUGACCUCACCACGCUUGUCAAAGCUCACAACACAACGCGGCCCAUGGUGGUGGACAUGUGUAUUCGAGAAAUAGAGCUCAGAGGUAUGCAAUCUGAAGGUCUCUACCGAGUGUCUGGCUUCUCGGAGCACGUAGAGGAAGUGAGGCUCGCCUUUGACCGAGAUGGUGAAAAGGCUGACAUCAGCGCCGUUGCCUAUGCAGACAUCAACAUCAUCGCUGGUGCUCUGAAGCUCUACUUAAGAGACCUUCCCAUUCCAAUCAUUACGUUUGACUUGUACUCCAAAUUUAUUCAAGCUGCAAAAAUUCCAAAUGCUGAAUCCAGACUGGAGGGCAUCCACGAGAGUUUGCUGCAGCUGCCCCCCGCCCACUUUGAGACCCUGCGUUACCUGAUGGCUCAUCUCAAGAGGGUGACGCAGUUUGAAAAGGACAAUUUCAUGAAUGCCGAGAACCUGGGGAUCGUCUAUGGUCCAACGCUCAUGCAGCCACCAGAGCAGAAUGCCUUGACAACCCUGAAUGACAUGCGGCAGCAGAAACUAGUGGUGCAGCUCAUGAUAGAGCAUGAAGACGUCUUAUUCUGAGGACCGAGGCACGGGGGCCUCACAACAGAAACGAAGGACAUUUAUUUAUUCUGUCAUAUAGGACAUUCAAACCAUCCUGAUUCUUAUGAAGUUGCAGAAUAGUUUGUAAUCAAAUUGUACUUGAAACCCUUAUUCUUCUCGCAUGGCUGUUUUAGUUGAAAUUGGUUUAGUGUUGACAUUGUCUUGUAAAUGUAAGUUUGGAUUUUAAUACCCAGCCAAGUCCAUCAUUUUUAUAUUUUUUAUCUUUUUGUUUUUACCUGGCUACAGUGCUGUUCUCUCCUCUCGUUAAUUUGAAGACUGUCACUACCUGGUGUAGACAGUCAUGAUGCAGCAGCCUAUUUAACGUCCCCACAUUACACGUGUGCUUACUAUGAUAUAAGUGGGAACUUUGUUUAAAGUUUAAUGUGGAUAAAGAUCUGUUCAUUUAAUGAUCAAUAUUUUAACUGUUUACUAAAAUUUGAAUGAUGAGGCAAUUUGGCGCUCAUGAAGCACUUUUUUGCAACAAGUGUAAAGAUUUAUUUUGUAAAGAUGUUUAUUUUUGUCAUUUUACUCUGCAUCUUGUUCUUUUGUCACAAUAAUAUAUACUUUUGAGAAUGACGUUUGAUGAAUUGAUGUCUAAAUUCAAAAGAGAGAAAAAUAACCUGACGAGAAGCAGAAUUACCUUUUUAAGUUAUGGCUCUGAAUACACGGCUGGAUUAAAUACUGGUCAUUUUAAUUCACAUGUCAUGUUGCAGACUGUUUGUGAAACUCUUUGCACACACGUCUGAUGCCGGCUUUGUAGUAAUUCUGUUUACAUGCUGUAAUUUACGGUACCUACGAGUGAACAUAGGAUCUGGGCCCAUUUGAUUUCUUUUCCUAUGCCAGGAACACCACUCGGUGCAGCAGCAGUCGCCUUCUAACUUCACAGUGCCAUAGAAGUUAAUAGUCACGCUACAGCUGCACCGAGGACGUUUACUUCACCCUUGGUUGGAUGUUAUUAAAGUCAAUCCUUUCA